CUUUCUGGCAUGUAUUUGUGAUCAUUUGAUUUUCAUUCCGUCUGAUGUCUGUGAUAUAACCAGUUAUAGAAGACGUUGUAUUCAAAGAAAUAAAGGUGGAAUUUUUGCUGUCAUGCUUUGCUAUCAGAUUCGAAAGAAACGAUGAGCGCUGAGGAAUUUACACAGGCAAUCCCCUCCCAUUAUAAAUCCGAUAAUAUGACUGCAGCGGCUUUUGUCUGCUUCUCCUGUUUUCACCUAAACCGUCGCAAAUAUUUAACAUCGUCUCUCAGACUUUCAAGCUGAGUUUUUUGAUGCUCGCAUUACCGAGAAGGUAGUAGCAGCUUCUUUCUUUUUUUAAUUCUGAAAGGAAAAGCCCCAUACCACAUUUCUUCUAAAAAGCAUUUGCAGUCGUGGAAAUUGAAGUAGGAAGUUUUUUGGAGAUUCAACACAUUCAAAUGUUAUAGUCUAAUCCGAACACUUCUUGGAAACCACGACCAACUGUAACAAGGACUGCCUCGAUAACCAGCAAGACAACUUUAAUAACUGAUGUGCCAUUUUGAGCAUAGCAAGUGUCAAAUUUUGCCGAAAAGUAAAAGAAAUUAAAGGAAUGGAAUAUUCUUUUCCUCCGUUGUGCCGCACUGUCGGAGAAGGUGUGCGUAAAAUGGUAUUAUUUAUAGCACAGCCUGAAGCCCUAAUAGUAAAGGAACAGCAAAAGAAAACGAAGAUGAAUAGUUGUUGACUAAAGAGGGAAGGCAAAAAAGACGGAAAUAACACGUUUGUGAACGAAGUCAAAUGUAAAAGAGCCACUUAAAAUUGUUGCAACCCGAAAGAGGCUCCCUUUAGUAUGCGCGCCUUCAAAAUAACCCGAAGAAAGUAAUCGCCGCGCCUAAAUGAAUCGGUUUGAUUUUCUUAUUCUUUUAGCGAAACGUACAAUUCAAAACCAAAAUAGACUAAUUCAAGUUUCACAAAGCGUUAACUUUGUCGACAACGAAAAGGAAGAAGAGCACAGCUAAGUUGAAAUCAAGCCGGCUACCUCCGAAAUCGCAGAAAUCAGCGCAAGCUAACCUACCUACCUGUGCAUAAAAAAACGCAAAGGAAACUGAAGCCAACUAUUAAAAGCAGCCGGCAGCGCAUUGCUAUUGUCAUGCUUACAUUUAAACGAUUACGAUUUUAAGGAGGCGCUUAUUUGCGAGGCAGAAGCUGGAUGUACAGUACGAAGGGAAAAAAGAGACCACUGAAUCAAUUGGAAUAAAAUCGCCAGAGGAAGCGGAAAGUAGAGUACCCCCUCCACCCCGCGACCGACAGCCAACCCGCCCGCCCCUUAAAAAGCCACCCACUCAAAUCUAACUGGAUCAAGAUUUUUCGCAAAUAACUGUGGAACCCCUCCAGGGUAAAUCGCGUUCCCCCGAGUACAGUUUAGGAUUUUUCACAGGAGGAAAAAAAAAGAAGAAAUGAUUUCUAAUUCGGAAAGAGGCCAAUGGCAGCCGCAAUAGCAGCGCAACGGUUAAGUAUUGACAAUAAGCAUAAUACGGAUAAUUAUUACUCAAAGCUUUGAGACGCUGGAAACGGAGGGGAAAGAACGGAUUGGCGUUACCAGCUUCUUUGACAGAUGAGUAUGACAGGCAUUUUAAAUUUUAUUUUGUAUUCUUCUCUUUAUUGGAUUGAUUUGAUCGCUUCAAUCCAGAAACCGUGGACACAAACAUUGAAAAGUAAAAUCGGCAACAGAAGCGGCACGAGCAUUCGGUGUGCACGCUAAUUUUUUUCUUUUUUUUGGGGUUGUGCUCUGGUCGCGUCGUUUCACUUAGCGCUGUUUUUUCAAAAGAUUUGUCAGCUCCAGGCGCAACAGCUGAUCGCGACUCCGACCGGCAGUGGCUUUUCAGAUGCGCUUGCAUCAACAUGAAGGGCGGUGGACGUGCAGUGGGCAGAGCUGGAAACUGGACACUGGCCACCAGCAACAGGAGAAGACACUAACACCCCGGCAGGUGAGAGACCCCGCGUUGCAGCAAUAAUACAUUUAUGGACAGUGUUGUUUUUUUUUUCUUUCUUUGAAGGAAGGCACAGGGCUGCGCCUCGGCAAUCUGGCAAUAAGAGAUUUGACAGAGCAAUAAAUGUUCCCAUCUAAGUGAGCCACUGCGCUGCAGGCAGUGUAGCGCACAACUUAGAUGAACAUCUCGUCGGCUUAACGGAUACUUUUUUCCUCCGAUUUUGUUUUCCUGUUCCAGACGAAGGAGAACCGAAUAAACAGGUGGAUUGAACUGGAAUACUCACAUGCUCCAUUGCUUUGGUUUUACUUUGUUUUCUGCAUCGGCUUAGAAAGUGGAACCAUAUGUUGGGAGAAAAUAGCAAUUUGCACUGUGAUUUAACCAGUAUUAUUUUAUUGCAAAAAAGAAGAAAACUGAAACUGCUUAAUUGUUAAUUUGCACUGGACUAUUAAGACAUCAAUUAUUUUUUCACUGUACUCAAGCCAAUAGGAAACAUUUAUUUUCCAAAGUUUAGUAGCUGAAAUUAUUUAGUUUUCUUUAUAAAGAAAGAUUUUUUUCUUAAUCAUACUUUUUUUUGCACUAUGAUGGAACCGCCGCCUUGCUCAAAAAAGAGCUUGUCCCUUUCCCUGCCUGUCCCCCGGGAAGGACAAGCUACUCUAAAGCCCCCACAGCAUCUGUGGAGGCAACCACGGACACCCAUCAAAAUCAAACACCGUGGCUACUCAGAUACUGAUCGGCAUCAUCACCAUAGGCAGAUUGAGCGCUCUAAUGCUGUGGACACCAGCGACAGGCCAGGGCUCAGGAAAUCACGAAUGUCAUGGCCAUCUUCUUUUCAUGGGACUACCAGCACCACGGCCAACAACUGCACCUCUAAUUCUAGCAAACGUUUUGAUGUGGAAAAUGGCCCCUCGCCAGGUCGUAGCCCCCUUGACUCGCAGGCGAGCCCAGGGCUGGUGCUGCACCCAUCGUUCCCUCAGAGCCAGCGACGGGAGUCCUUCCUGUACCGAUCUGACUCCGAUUACGACAUGUCUCCCAAGACCAUGUCCCGCAAUUCAUCGAUCACCAGCGAGGCGCAUGCUGAGGAUCUCAUAGUAACCCCUUUUGCUCAGGUGCUGGCAAGUUUGCGCAGCGUAAGAAGUAACUUCUCCAUCCUUGCGAAUGUUACCACCCCAACUAACAAGAGGUCGCCAGUUGGCAAUCAGUCUACUGUUCCCAAGGCAACACUUUCAGAAGAAACAUAUCAGCAGCUGGCCAAAGAAACCCUGGAGGAACUGGACUGGUGUCUGGAUCAGCUGGAGACCAUUCAAACGUACCGCUCAGUCAGUGAGAUGGCCUCUAAUAAGUUCAAGAGAAUGUUGAACCGGGAGUUGAGUCACCUCUCGGAGAUGAGUCGAUCGGGCAACCAGGUAUCCGAAUACAUCUCCAACACCUUUCUAGAUAAGCAAAAUGAAGUGGAGAUCCCCUCCCCAACUCAGAAGGAGCGCGAGAAGAAGAAGAAGCAGCAGCCCAUGUGUCAGAUCAGUGGGGUGAAGAAACUGAUGCACAGCUCCAGUCUGACCAACUCCAGUAUCCCACGCUUUGGGGUGAAGACUGACCAGGAGGAGAACCUUGCCAGGGAGCUGGAAGACUUGAACAAGUGGGGCCUUAAUAUCUUCCGGGUGGCGGAGUUCUCCAAUAACCGUCCGCUCAGUUGCAUAAUGUUUGCAAUUUUCCAGGAGAGAGAUUUGAUGAAAACCUUUAAGAUUCCAGUGGACACGUUUAUCACCUACAUUAUGACGCUUGAAGACCACUACCACGCAGAUGUGGCGUAUCACAACAGCCUCCACGCCGCAGAUGUCACGCAGUCUACCCAUGUGCUGCUGUCCACGCCUGCCCUUGAUGCUGUCUUUACGGAUCUCGAGAUUCUGGCUGCUUUGUUUGCUGCUGCCAUCCAUGACGUGGACCACCCUGGUGUCUCUAAUCAGUUCCUCAUCAAUACAAACUCGGAGCUGGCGCUCAUGUACAAUGACGAAUCCGUCUUAGAGAAUCACCACCUCGCGGUGGGCUUCAAGCUCCUGCAGGAAGAGAACUGUGACAUCUUCCAGAACCUCAGCAAAAGGCAGAGACAGACCCUGCGGAAGAUGGUCAUCGAUAUGGUUCUGGCCACAGACAUGUCAAAGCACAUGAGCUUGUUGGCAGAUCUUAAGACGAUGGUUGAGACCAAGAAAGUGACAAGUUCAGGUGUGCUGCUCCUUGACCACUACACGGACAGGAUACAGGUGCUGAGAAACAUGGUGCACUGUGCCGACCUCAGCAAUCCCACGAAACCCCUGGAGCUUUACCGUCAGUGGACAGAUCGCAUUAUGGAGGAGUUUUUCCGUCAGGGCGACAAGGAACGGGAGCGAGGGAUGGAGAUCAGCCCAAUGUGUGACAAGCACACUGCCUCUGUUGAGAAAUCACAGGUGGGCUUCAUCGACUACAUUGUGCACCCUCUGUGGGAAACGUGGGCAGACUUGGUCCACCCAGAUGCACAGGACAUUCUGGACGCCCUCGAGGACAACCGGGACUGGUAUCAGAGUAUGAUCCCUCAAAGCCCUUCGCCACCUCCCGAUGAUCCCGACAAGGAGCAUGAUGCAUGUCUUGACAAGUUCCAGUUUGAGUUGACCUUGGAGGAGGAGGGUGAGGACUCGGACCGCUCUGACAAGGACCACCGUAACGACAUGCGGGAUGAGGUCAACGCAGAGCUGGAAAACUCCUGCCAUUUGAACAACGAGGAAGAGGAGGAGGAUGACAUAGCAUACACGCCUGACGAAGUGGGGCAGCGCCAAGAGGAGCAGCAGGCUGAGCCUGUAAUAGUAGUGGUGGUGGGAGAAAAUGGACAUUCGCAAGGGAGUCCGGAGGAGGAAAAGGAAAUAGUAGUAGUGGUAGAAGAAGAAGAAGAAGGAGAAGAAGAAGACAACACAUCUUCUCCUGUGGAAACAUGAGCCUGGUUUUUUGGGGGGGGUGGGGGGAGGGUGGGGGUUGAAGGACCAUUGGGUGGGGCAGGGUUGUCUUGAAAUCAAGUGGGUGUCCCCCAGGACAAUUAAAAAGAACAAAAAAAAUAUUUUUAAUUUAUUUUUUAAAAAGGGAACAAAAAUAAUACAAAUUACACAGCAACUGUAGAUUUCGAAUGUGGGAUGGUGCCACCUUUCCGGUGGACACAGGAAACCGAAGAAAACGAGGAACUAACUUUGGGCCAUUUGAGGAGCUGUAGCACUCUGGAGAUUAUAUCUAUUCAUAUAUUUAUAUAUUUACACACAUGCACGCUCACGCACACGCACACACACACAUACAUUACGCUGUAUCCCUAUGUGUGUCUGUGAGUGUGCGUAUUCACACAGGAGAAUGGGAUUGGAUUGCAACCGUGUAUAGGACAUUGGCUCGGAAACGAAGAGGUUAUUGUAUUCUUGUGGAUAAAGCCAUGAAACUCAAAAAGGAUUUCCUUUUCAUCACAAAUUGUGCAAAACUUUCACGACAAAAAUCAACUAAAGCCUCUUCCAUUGACGUGAACAGGCAGUGGCGCCUGGGGACUCCGAAGUGAACUGCUGGGCCGCAAGCUGCCACUGACUUUGCCGGUGUGAACGUUCACCUCUGAAAUGGAGCAGCACCCUCUCCCUCUCUCCCCUCUUCUUCAUCUUCUAUCCCGAGUGUUACAUUAAAUGGCCGCGUGCCUUUUUCUCUGCAAGCUUUUGGGCUUGUAGUGACGGUCAAGCAAUGAAAAAUAGAUGGAGGUUUUUACUUUGA